AUGUCGCCUGUCUCUGUAGAUGGCAGUGACUGGUCGGGGAUCAAUCAAUACCAAAAAACCGACCCGCCCUUUUCCCCAACAUUCUCGAAUCGCAGCAAUCUGGCUACUCCCCCGACUUCCGGCGUCCCCAGCGGUACUUUGGGGCCAAACGGUGCUACGCUAUCAACUGACGCUCCUGCCCGGCUGAGUGAUUCGGGCAAUCCAUCCCCACCCAGCUCGGUCGCCGCUCGAUCCAGCGAUGGGACUCUGUCGGACCAACGGGGUAGGCGAUACAAGCAGAUGGAGGAGAUUCUAGGACAGCACUAUGUGACCCUGAAGCGGUUUCUGCAUGCGCCGUAUCGCGAUAAUCAAGGGAGCAGACCGAACAAGGCUCGAGACAAAUUGUUGCGCCUCUCCCCCACACAAUUCCACGAAUUGAGUACCGAUGUAUACGAUGAGCUUCUCCGACGCCAGCAGGCCAUGCCCUCCCCCGGGAGACCUGGCCCGCCACGACCGGACAUCCCCCCGUUCCUUCCGCCCCGAAAAGACUUCCACGAAAAGCGCAACCAAGCGCGUCAGAGACUCGCUUCGCUCCAACAUCAGAGGUUCCGCGAUCUGGUCACCGAUGUUUACUGUGAGUUGGAGCGUCGGUUCCCCCACUUUGCUUCACGGGAUUCCCGCAUGGUCAGCCCCGGCGGCCGCUCGCCAAAUGGAUAUGGUCCACCGGGCCCGAACGGAUACCCUCCACCUGGAGCUCGACGGUCCCAGUCACGAGGUCCUCCCAGCCGCAUGGGGAGAGGUUACUCGUCUGGCGGCCCCGGCAGUCCCAUGGGAGGUGCUUUCCCUCCCCGGAAAGGGUCUCUGGGUGGGCCUUCCCCGGCUGGAAGUGUGAAUGGGGAUCACGGUCCACUACCCAAAUCUUUCCAGAGCAACACAAUCGUUCCCAAUAAGAGUACCUUGGUCGAGGAUGACGAUGAUAUGGCCGGUACGGAGGACGAUUACGAUGCGCGCAGCGAUGCAUUUGCUCUGGAUGGCGUUCUGCAAAGCCGAAGGGGAACUACAACGACGCUGGGCGAUGGAGAGAGGAAGAUGUUGGCGGAUGCGCAAUCCCAAGUGUCAGUGCUGCAGGAAAAAGUGGACAGGUUGGAAGGGUUGGUCAAGUCCAAGGAUGAUGAGCUUGUCAAGUAUCAAGACCAAGACAAGUCUCAGGUAAACGGUACUAAGCGAGAGGAGUGGGAAGAGCUCAAGCUGGAGCUCGAAAGUAAAGUUUCCAAGGCGGAGGAUCUGAACAGUUCCCUUCAGCUCGAGUUGGAAAAGGUUCGAACAGAGCAGGAUAAGAUCGGUGAAGCGACAGCGCAGAGUACCGGGGAUAAUGACUUGCAGGCCCGAUUUGCUGAUCUCGAGAUCAGGCACAAGGACCUGCAGGCCGAGCUUCUGGAACAGCAGCAUGUGACGGAAGAAGUUCGACGGGAAGCAUCUACCUUCCUCAUGGAGAUGAGAACCAUGUCGGAACAGAGCCAUUCCAAUUGGGAGCGCGAGGAGCAACUCACCAACCAGGUACAUAAAUUGGAGGAGGAGGUCAAGCAAUGGAAGAGCCGGUAUGCCAAGGCAAAGACACAGCUACGACACCUCCGGACAUCCUCAGUUGGCAUCUCUGAUUCCCGCCCUGAUGUGGGCAUGGUUUCGCGGGAGAACGAACUCAUGCAUGAAGACGGGCUGGUCAAGGAUGUGCAUGUGACCAAAUUCCAGAUAGCGAUUGACGAGCUGCUGCGCAUUGCUCGGUUUGACGACCAUCGCCUGGUCAUGCAGCAGAUCAAGCCGGUCAUCAUGGCCGUCCGUCAUGUCUUGCAGGAUGUCGAAGCAGCUUCGAAUCCCGAGACUCACGCAAAGGCCACACGCAAGGUUUCCGCAACCGCGAACAAUCUCAUCACUGCCUCCAAGAACUUUGCCAGCUUGAGUGGACUCUCUCCCGUGUCUCUUCUGGAUGCUGCCGCCUCGCACCUGUCUACUGCAGUUAUUGAGCUUAUCCAACUUGCCAAAAUCAGGGCCACCCCCGUGGAUGAACUGGAAGACGACGAUGAGGGGAACCUGACCCAACUCAAGUCCCCCGACUACUUCAGUGUGACUCCCAGUCAGGGCAGGUUAAGCAACAAUGAGUCUAUCUACAGUGCCCUCAGCCCACCAUCAGUCCAGUCCCGAGAUCGGACAAAUUCUCAUCUUACUACAUCUGAACAUGUGGUACCAAACAAGCCAGAACCCGCAACGCAAUUCAACUACAGUGUACAACCAGAAGACCAUGAACUCCAAGAAUUGAAGCUCUAUGUCGAGGAUCAGACCGAGGGCCUUGUCCAAUCAAUUCAGGCCCUGGUUGCUAGCAUCCGCGCAGAAGAUGCUCUUAUCACUGUCCGUACUCAUGUGUCUGCCAUAUCCUCUGUUGUUACGAAUGUUGCUUCUUCUACGGAGCACUUGAUCAACAAGCCUGGUGCUCACCCCGCGCUUCGAGAGCGUUCAGGGCCGAUUAUUCAGACGCUGGAUGCCCACAGAGGCCGUCUGGUGGAAACUGCAGCUGAUGGCGAAGAUGCCUUUAGUGCAGAGCAACUUCGAGAAAUCACUAACAAACUUCCUCCCAUCGCCUUUGAGAUUGCUCGGGAGACCAAGGAGCUUGUUCAACGCUUGGAGCCGGCGAAUUAUGAGGAUGAGGAUGACUUCCGGUAG